AUGCGAAUGGGGCUACAAUUUCAAAGUCGAAGGAAUUUUGGGACACCAAACUGUUGUUCGAGUGAUUUACGAUUUUAUCUUGCCGUGGCUAAUUAUGGAAACGACACAAGCAAACUUACGAAUUCCACGAUCUUUAAAUGGCAUCGACACCGCCAGAAGUUCCGUGAAUUUCAAGCGAUCGGGACCUACACAGCACGUGAUAUGGAAUACUUCACAAUUGAUAAUGAGCAUAACCUGGCCAUUGCAAACCAUGCUAUAGGACCAAACCAAGAGGUUGACUCCGUUAUUCUCAAAUGGGACAGGGCAGCAAGGCUGUUUGUGAAUUUUCAGACAAUAACAACAACCGGCGCAUACGAUUGGACAUACUUUAGAGUGCAGGAGUACCAUUUUCUAGCUAUUGCUCAGGCUUUUAAUGGAAAGAUAACUCUAAUGGACUCUUUUAUAUAUGUCUUUCAGAAGGACAAGUUCCUUCCCUUUCAAACAAUCGAGACAAACGGUGCCACCGACUGGGAAUUUUUCACCAUAGCAGAUGAAGCAUUUCUCGCCGUUGCCAAUGCGUACAAUUACGGACCUCAGAACUUUCAAAAUCAGGACACCUACCAGACAAACUCGUCUAUAUAUAAACUGGAUAUAGGAAAACGAGCGUUCUUUAAAUAUCAGACCUUUGUAACGAACAGUGCGAUUGACUGGGAACACUUUAUGUUAGGAGAUGACCACUACCUUGUAGUGUCCAAUGCCCAAAAUGGCGGAUCAGAACAGGAAAGAUUGACGACUAUAUAUCGGCUGCAGAAACUAAGGAGCUUUAAGAGUACGGUCCCAGAACGUUUCAAACGACUGAAACAGUAUGGAAAAGAUAAUGGAAAAUCAGAUAGACACACAGUUGGUAACAUAUAA